GCAGCGAACAUGAGGCCUCUGCUCCAGUACCUGGGCUGCUUCUUCGCCUUCUUCUCUCUGGGGUUUCUCAUUGUGGCCACCUGGACAGAUUGCUGGAUGGUCAACGCCGAUGACUCCCUGGAGCUGAGUGCCACGUGCCGUGGCCUCUGGUGGGAAUGCGUCACCAAUGCCUUUGAUGGGAUAACCACCUGUGACGAAUACGAUUCGAUCUUCGCUGAUCACCCAGUGAAGCUGGUCCUGACCCGGGGUCUGCUGAUCACCGCUGACCUUCUGGCUGGCCUUGGAUUCGUGUUUCUUCUCCUUGGCCUGGACUGUGUGAAGUUCCUCCUGGAUCAACCAGGGAUCAAAAACCGCAUCUGCUUCUUCUCUGGCUUGGUGCUCUUAACUGGAGGUAUUCCUGGGCUCAUCGGCUCCACUUGGUACGCCAUUGGGAUCUACGUGGAACGUUCCACCCUCGUCUUGCAUAAUGUCUUCGUGGGCACCCAGUACCAGCUUGGCUGGUCAUGCUGGCUUGGGCUGAGUGGGUCCUUCGGUUGCUUCCUAGCCGGCACCUUCUUAACCUGCUGCGGGCGCCUUUUCCAAGAUGCCAACUUGAAGAAGGACCUCUACCCUUUUCGGAGGGUUUAUCUGCCUCCUGCCGUGACCCUCUCCUGCCAUUCGUCUGUGCAGACCCCCACCGCCAUGAUGUACGCAAGGGAUACCCGGGUGUAA